AUGCCAAAAUUUCGCGUAUUGGAUGAGGGGGAUCGUUUGGUGUUGACUUCGUGGUUGAAGGAACAGAACAUUGAGUUGAAUCAUCGCACCAGGCAUGAGCUGCGCGAUGCCGUUCCGGUGGCCAAAAUUGUGAAGAGGAUCCAUCCCGAACUGGUCGAUCUGCAGGCGUACACGCCCAGAUGCAGCCAGAAGCUAAUGCUGGACAAUUGGAAGAUAUUCAACGACAGGGUACUGAAGAAACUCCACCUAAGUCUGUCCCAUGCUGCGCUGCAGAGGCUGGCAGUGGGGCAGUCAUGUGCCAUCGAGUCGGUGCUCUAUAAGCUGAUGACAACCGAGUUCAACCUGAAGCCGGGCGAGGGAAAGCUGAAUCUGGCCAGGGACAACGAACCAUAG